GAGUCACAAGAAGUGACAUGACACAUAAAUUUUGAAAUUGUCUAAAUCAUCAUUUCGUAAACACAACGAGAAUGAACUAGAUGUGCAUAUUGAGUUUCUAUGAUAUGCCACUAGUUUUUGAUUAUAGAGAAUCCAAACAGCCCCUUAUACUCUAGCUAAAAGUCUCAACUAGAAGAGCAUUUUGCUAAGCUCAAAGGGACCAAGAAAAUGAAUGUUAUAGUACCAUCACUAGUGGAACCUUUACAAGUACCAUACAACAACUACAAAAAAUCACAAAUCAAGAAAGUCCCAAAGUGUGUUGGAGUUGGUUCACUUGUUAUUGAAACAAAUCAAGAUCAGCAAACUUCAACUUCUACAGAAACUACACCAACAUCUGUUGCUGCUCGUAGACUCAUUUUGCUUAGACAUGCUAAGAGUUCUUGGGAGAAUCGAUCCAUUCGAGAUCAUGAUCGUCCUUUGAGUAGGACUGGACAACGUGAUGCUAUCAAGCUCUCGCAAAACCUCCUAAAACUGGGUUGGAUUCCACAACUUAUUUUAUCAAGUGAUGCACUGCGAACGCGGGAAACACUGAAAAUAAUGCAGGAGCAAGUCCAAGCGUUUUUGGAAGCUGAAGUACAUUUUAUUUCAAGCUUUUAUUCUGUUGCAGCGAUGGAUGGGCAGACGGCCGAGCACCUACGACAAGCAAUAUGUAAAUACUCAAGGGACGAGAUUAAUACAGUCAUGUGUAUGGGACACAAUAGAGGAUGGGAGGAGGCAGCGUCAGUGUUGUCAGGUGUUACCGUAGAACUAAAGACUUGUAAUGCUGCUUUGCUUGAAGCCACCGGCAAGUCGUGGGAAGAGGCAUUUUCGCUGGCUGGACCUGGUGGGUGGAAGCUUCAAGGGAUCGUGAAGCCCGACACUGCUGUUUAGACUUAUUUCAGUUGAAGGAAUAUAUGAUCGAUCAGCCAUCGAAAGACCAGCAGCUCAGAAAAUGCAGGACUGAAGCAGCACGCGUUACAGUAUUUUGGUUGCUUGUUGCAAAGCUUAUUCAGGUAUCUUACUACCACCACCGCGCAGGCCUUGCAUGCUCGAGAGAUAAGAUUAUUAUUUCAUACGCGUCACCUGGUGCUUCACUUACAACCGGGCUGGUCAUCGCGAUGUAUUUGUUCUGUACAAAAAAGUUUAUAUUCGCUCGAAUUUAGACGCCUAUGGCAACUAUCUAGUGUGUAGAACAGCUUGUUUUGCUAGACUUUUACUCAUGUAACUACUAUUUUGAGGAACAACAUCUUUGUAAAUUUGAAUUUGGUUAGUAGUUCAAUUCUUUUUCUGUACU